AUGUUGGAAGAGGAUGAUACCCUUUCCGGCCCCUUCUUCGAGUCCGUGAAUUUUCAGGUACCGUCUGACAUUCCUGAAACCCCGGAUGUCAGACAAAGUCUCUCAUUUAUGACAGAUUCAUUAAAUAUGAACCUGAAUAUUGGCGGUAACCCGUGGGAUCCUCCUUCGACAAUGGGUGUCGACAUCGCAAAUAUUCUAUCUGACGUUCCUCUACCAGAAAUAUAUUCAACAGCCUUCGCGCUAGCUUCACCAAUUGUAGAGAGAGUUUCUGUCUCUGCUUUAAAUAAGAUUUUAAGCGUUAGCGGGCUCCCUCACGCGAUGAUAGAAAAAAUUUUAAAUUUGGCUGCACCUGCCAACAAUGAUAGCACUCGUGUUAACCGAGGGGAAUUUAACGUCGCGCUUGCAUUGGUGGCGUUAGCUCAGAAGAAUAUGGAUGUUUCAAUCGAAACGCUAAUCGAGCGAAAGCAAGACCUUCCGGAACCAAUCCUAACGAAUCUGGAGGGCAUCAAUUUUAAUCGAAAUUUGAGUUUCUCCACGAUUUCACGUCCUCCACCCAUUACUGCCCUUCAGGCUGAUGAUCCGUGGGCCACACCUUCAACAAAUGGUGAGCAUACAAGUUCCUCAUUUACAGCAGAACCUAUAUCUGAAUUCUCUCCACCGACACGUGUGAUUGCACCGCCUGUUACUCGCACCUUGCUUCGAGAAGAAGACUUCCAAUGGUUUUUGGACAUGGAUGUGAUCACAGUAAAGUUUGCACCUGAAAGAGAAGGCUUUCUCUUUAAACACGUGAAUUAUAUUGUGGAAUCUCAACGACUGGGGACGAGAGUGAUCAGAAGAUACAGCGAUUUCUGGUGGCUGAUGGAAUGCCUUGUGAAAAAGUACCCAUACCGAAUUUUACCUGCUCUUCCACCAAAAAAGAUUGGAGUCAACGGUUUCUAUUUCACAGUCGACGAAUCUUUUCUGGAGAAACGGAGAAAGGGGUUAACCCGGUUUUUAAAUUUCAUUUCAAGACAUCCCGUUCUGAAGGAUGAUGAGCUGGUGGAGAUGUUUCUCAAAGAAUCGACGGAGAUAGCGGUUUGGCGUAAAAACAACACACCAGAUUUGGAAGAGGAAUAUCUGAAGAAAGAAGUUACUCCGGAAAUGGAACAACUAAUACCAGACAACUUGGACGAAAGAUUGGAUAAAGUGUUGAAGAGGUUGGAUGACGGUAUUGAACAUUAUAGAAACAUGUGCAAUCUAAUGGAGCGCGUCGCUCGUCGCCAUGAAGGCACGUCUGCUGAUUACAUGAGAUACAGCCUAGCAUUGAAUUCAUUGAUCGAGAAAGAAAAAGGUUGUUGUUACCUUGAUAAUUGCUACAACUGCAGUCAAGUGAUUAACGGUCUGGAACAAGUGUCAAGUCAUUUUCAAAAGACAAGUACCAUCAUGGAAGAUAUGUCUACGACUAUGAUUGAAACGGUGUUGGAAAAUUUGAAAGGACACCGUGAUCUGCUAGUAUCAUUCAGAGAAACAUUCGAGAGAAGAGACAGACUGGCUGUAGAUUCGACUGAUACUCUGAAUAAUAGAAUAGCUGCUAAUGAAGCAAGACUCACACCGUUAAAGGGAAAGGAAGGAACAGAUCCGGAGGUGGAAAGGCUGUCCACAGCAAUCAAAAAGGAUCAGGAAGACGUUCAGUAUCAAAGACAACGAAAAACCUUUGUGCGUUAUUGUCUGUAUGCGGAGCUGAGCUUGUUUCACAAAAGCACCGCUUUCGUUUCUCUUCUAUAUCAGAACUUUGUGAACGAACAGAUUAAAUAUUCACAACAACUCUACGAGAAUUGGAAACAGUUGAGUCCAAAGGUUUACGAGAUGCCCGUUGAGACAAACGGAUUUGGUUAA